AUGCCCUUGAAUGAAUCCAGUACUGGCAUCUACCUUUUACUUGCCGUGCACCUCACGAGCGAGGAGGAUGUCUUCCACUGGGGACUCGCUGCCUGGUCCGAAUUACCCGACGACGCGACACAGCUUCCAAUUAGUCAAAUCGUGUUGAUUAAGAACGAGCGCAACGAGGAACUCUGGUCAAGGUGCACACGCACCGUCGCGCUUAGCACCAUCAACAAUCUCCUCGGGUUCAUCCUGCUCCCCCUCCCGACGGAGUUCCCAGGAAACCUCAGCGACAUGCAGGCGAUCCUGGCAGAGUGGCAAUUGCGCCCGGGCGACGUUUCGGAUGCGGAGAUAGAAUCUGGCAUCGAUUGGGUGGUUGACGUGUUGGAAGAGAAUGCGGAGCAAUGGGGGAUGGACCUUGGGCUCGAGGGCAAUCACAUUUUCUCGCACGGGACACUGCUCUCUAUGAAACUGCGCACCGCGCGCUAUUCAAACACGCGGCCCGCGACAGUGAUCCACCAUGAUCUUGUGCAGCCAAUUCACCGUGACGACUUCUUGUUUGUCGAAUUUGGCCGCAGAAAAUCGCUAUGCACACAGGCUAUGCCUCCGGACCAAAUUCGUCAAUGGUCGGGACCUGACACAUACAGAAUCAAAGGGUACGCAGCUACUGACACAUGUGACUCUCGAUUGAAAGAGAAAAUAUCAAUUGGUUCACAGUCGGCAUGGAGCGCGAUUUUGAAUACGUUAAAAAUACAACCCGAGUUUCCCAGAUGGUAG